AUGUGGAGCAUGAGUGAGCGAACCCCCCGGGACGCAGCACGAGCCCUCCGGAGGCAGGCGGCUGCAGACGGCCAGCAGCUCAGAGACCUGGUGGAGAAAACACUGCGACACGGCACAACGGCCCUGCCAAUGCUGCUGACCAUGGUGAUGGGCCCUGACAGGCUUCCUGGAGAUGAGGAGUCACAGGAAAUGCUGAGAGGGAAGCUCCGCAUUCUACAGGCUGACAGCACCAAGGUCAACACUUUCUUCAUGGAGCUGUCGACUCAUCUUCUCUCCAUCAACAGUGAAGACAAAGUCAUAUUUGUGACAUUCAAAACAUUUGAAGAAAUAUGGAAAUUCACCACAUAUUAUGCAAUGGGGUUUCUGGGCCAGUGCAUGGAGAGUCUGCUGUUAGACCAAGAGUUCUGGCUCAGUUCUCUGGAGGAAGACGCUGGUAUUGAAGUUUCCUUCCAGGAGGAAACAUUCAACCUCAUCUACAAGGGUAUCCUCAUGCAGGACGGUUCCCUGUUUGCCAGUUGCAGUGUUAACCAGAUGUUUGACAGCUCCACCUCUGGAGCCGACCUGUACCUGGAGCAGGGAGAUGUCGCCCAGUUUGAGCCUCCCUUCCUGGGCUCGGGGUGGACUGUCCUCUGCCUGGCUGACGGAGCCCGGGGCACAAAACACAAACCUGCCUUGGAGCCUGUCACCCCCUUUUACCAAUGGUUCCUCAAAUCCUGUGCAGAAUGCAUUUUAGUCGGCGGUGGAAAGCCUGCCAGCAACAUCCCUCUGCAGUUUGCCAGAGGAGCCUGUGUGGCAACAGCAGAAUACGACGCUGAGGGCCCCGAUGAGUUGAGUGUUGCACCUGGUGAUCGCAUCAUCAUUGUGGGACUGCUGGUGUCUUGUUUUGAUUGGUUCACAGGGAGGAUGGAGGCAACAGGAGAGGUGGGGCUGGUCAAGACAAGCAUUGUCAAGCCGUCCAAUACCAUUUGUGACUCAGCAGACAUCUUUUUGGACAAAGAAGAAAGCGUGUUCUUCAGUCUGAAAGAGGAGCAAGUCGUAGAAGAGACUGUUGCCUUGCUGAAGAGGAUAUCACAAAAUGAUAUUGGUUAUAACUACAAGCUUGAUCUGAUCCAUCAAGAAGGCUCAGAAAAGAAAAGAAAAAGCAGCUCCUCAGCCAAAGAUGAUCAUCGGCAGAUUGAAUUGAAGAAGAAUAUCGAGAGGAUUCUUAUCCAAUGCAAAGUUUCAUCAUCUCAUUCUGCUGUGACCAAAAGUGGGUCUCAAGAGGACUCAGGGCAGGCUGUAAACACCUCAGACCCCAAGCCCCCCUGUUUCACUGUUCAUCCAGUUGUAGAGGGAAACAGCAGCCCAGAGAACUUUACUCCUCUCAUCUCCUUUCUGGACAGCCGGGACUACAAACUAGAGUUUAGUGUCCUCUAUGGACUCACCCCUGAGCUUCUUGGCUCUUCUGUAUUCACUGGCCAGUCCAACGACGACGAGGUAACAACCUUUCUGGGUGCUGCAAGGGAAACGGCAAGGAAGAAACGCCACUUUUGGUCCCAGAGCCGCCUAUGCUUCCUGCUGGGUAAGCUCUGUGGAGGGAGGUCAAAGUUCAGCCAGGCCCGGGUUUACUUUGAGGAAGCCCUCAGUGUGCCACGAGAAGGCUUCACGGACCUGAGGCUACUGGCUAGCAUCUAUGCCAACCUGGCGGUCAUAUAUCUCACUCAGAAAAACAUGGAAAAGUACUUUGCUCUGAUGGAGCGACUAGCUGCCUUGGUCAUGAGCAUCCCAGAUAGCAUGACUAGCAAAGAGGACAACUUGCAGGUUCUAAAAUACAUACUGAAAAAAGCUGUUCUGUCUCACAACAAGAAGGCCGAGGCCCGGGCCUGUUUCCUUUUGGCAAGGUGCCACUGGAGGCACGGUGAGGGUGUCAGCGCUGUGCCUUAUAUUGAGAGACUACUUGUUCUUUCUGCAGAAACUCCCAGAACAUGCAGCAUCCAUCCCAGUCAUGGAUACCUCACUCUAGGGAGGCUUUACAGUGAACUCUGCCUUCCCCACCUCAGUGUCAGUUCAGCCAGAAGAGCCUCUCUGCAGCCCUCUGCUACACUGAGCGACUGCCUCAGCAGCAUGGCUCUGGUUCUAGAUAAUGCCAACAGACUCAGUUCAAUCACAAAUCAGGAAGUGUCCAUACCCGCUCAGGUGGCUCCAUAUUUACACCGAGCUCUGUCUUUUACCAGGGUUGAAGAAAACGGAGGUGGAAGCGACUGCUGCCAUGUGUUGAGCCAGCCACUCACUCUGUGUCUCUCCCAGCUGUUUCAUAAGCACAAAAUGGUUGGACACGCUGUCUCCUGUAUGCAUGCUCUAAUCAACCACAGUCUGCCGUCACAGUCUGUCUCCAUCCCAGACAGAAACAGUGCCCUCAUCUGGCUAGGAUGGCUUCACAUUGAUAAUAGCCAACCGGACAUUGCUCUGGACGUCCUGGACUGUGUCCUGUCUUCCAUGCCAGAACACUGCACCACACCUCAAGAAGGUGUUGUCCAUAACAUUCGUGGUGUGGCACUUCGAUGCAUGGGGGACCUCCGGAGGGCAGCAGAAAGCUACCAAGCUGCUAUUGACAUCUGCCAAGAGUAUGAGGACCAACCAAACUGGGCUGUAGCCCAGGCUAACCUAGGUCUGUUGUGCUUGAAGGCUGGGGCUAAAACACUAGCAGAGAGGCAUCUGACCAAGGCUGUGCAACUUUUCUCGGAGCUGGAUGAAGACAGUCAUGAGGUGAAUUUCAUUACUGUGCUACUGGAGCUGGGACAGCACUACGUGAAGCAGGGCCAGCUGGACAAUGGGAAGGGAUGCUAUGAGUGGGCCCUGCUGCUUGCUAUUAAGGCCCAUCAUUCAGACUGUCAGCUUGCUGCAACCCAGUGUCUCUGUCAUCUGUAUGGGACGGUGAGUCCAGACCAGGCCCAGUGCAUCAUCUACAACCAGCAUCAAGUCAGUCUGCUGAGGAACAGGGGAGACAGAGGACAAGAGGGAGUUAUACUGGAAACCAUUAGCCAGCUCUACCUCAGUCUGGGGACUGACAGGGCAUACCGGGCAGCUCUGGACUACACCAAGAGCAGCCUGGGUAUUUUCAUUGACCUGGGCCAUAGGGAAAAGGAGGCAUAUGGCUGGCUACAGGCAGGGAAGAUCUACCACAUGCUGGGCCAGACUGAGCUAGUGGAUCUAUACAUACAGGUGGCUCAGGAUGUUGGUUUGAGUACAGGAGACACCAGCUUCAUCCUGAAGCUCCUGGAAGCUGCAGGAGACAUUUUCUUCAACAGCAGCCAGGACCGAGACAAGGCUAUCUGCUUUUACAGGGACCGUGCUCUGCCCAUUGCAGUGAAGAGCAACAGUGUUGGCACCAGACUGAGGCUGUGUAACAAACUGGUUGAGCUGAUGCUCAGCCUGAAGCUGCAUGGGGAAGCUGUGGAGUUUGCUCAGACUGCACUAGACAUCAGCAUCACUCUGGGUGAGUGCCUUAAUGAGCGAGUUGCCUACCACCGCCUGGCCACCCUGUACCACUGUCUGGACCAGUUUGAACUGGCUGAACAUUACUACCUGAAAACCCUGUCACUUUGUCCAGCACCUCUCCAGUUUGAUGAAGAAACGUUGUACUACGUCAGGGUGUACCAGAUACUGGGGGACAUCACAUUCUAUGACCUCAAGGAUCCUUUUGAUGCAGCAGGCUACUACCAGCUGGCCCUGGCUGCAGCCAUGGAUCUGGGCAACAAGAAGUCUCAGCUGCAGCUCUGCACCCGCCUGGCCACCAUCUACCACAACUUCCUGGUGGACCGGGAGCUCUCGCUCUUCUUCUACCAGAAGGCCAGAGGGUUCGCUGCAGACCUGAACGUGAGGAGGAUUAACAUCGCGCCGGAUCAGCAGCACAGCAGCACCUCGCAGUACAAGGCCACUGGACAAUAG